CAGAGGCGGGGCUGUGAGAGCCUGUGAUUUGUCAGGGAAAUCUCUGCCACCUGCUUCCUCAUGCAAAUGGGCCCAAGCCCCCACCAUCUGCUCCUUGGGCCUCCACUGAGCCCCGUCUUCCCUCCCUGCACAAGGCUGAGUGGGGGCAGCCUACCCUCUGCCUCCUGCUUUCACAGCCCGUGGGGCCCCGUGAGUCACUGGGCAAGGAGCAGUCCAGACCCCCGUCCCUGAUUUCCCACCCAGGAUCAGGCCCAGGGGCAGCUGGUUGGGGUUUGUGGAGAAGAAGGAUUAUCCAGAUCAGUCCCUUCUAAUCUCAGCUCCUGUCUGCACCCUCCCACAUUCGCAGCCCUCUUCCCACCACCCCCCUCAACUAGGGAACAGUUUGGGGUAUUGACAGCAGGGCCAUCAGUUGUCCUUACACCCUGGCUCCUGGCCUGGUCACUGAGCAGGCCCUGACUGCCAAGAUCGUGCCCACAGGUGGGGGCCAGAGGCUGGGGGCCACCCUAGGGGCUGCUCCUCUGUUCCCUCCCAAACCCCGAGCCUUAAUCCUCACAGCUUUGCUCUGAUCCAUGGGCCUGAUGCUCUUAUCUCUGCCUGCAGACUGACCAGGAAGGGACCCUCCACCCCCCACCCCACCCCCGCCCCCUGGCUGGGUGUGGGGUCUGCUCCUGUCUCUAGUGUACACUCCUGCCCCCACCCCUCCUCUGAGCUGCCCCAAGUUUCUAGAACCACACACGUCCUCCCUUCCUGGCCUCCCCACCACCACCCCUGCCAGCCGAUUUCAUUUGCCUGACGUCGAUGUCCCUGGCCCCACCCUUGCCUGUCAGUGCCCCCCCUCCCAGCCGGGGCCAGGCCAGGCCAGCUCCUCUGGCAGCAGAGCUGGGGCAGGUGACAGGCAGGCGUCGCAGCUGAGGGAGCGAGGAGGCGCCUGGGAUCCAGAGCUAGAAACCUGGGAGAGGUCCAACCAGCACCCAAGAGCCGGAGCUACCCCUCAACCUCUCAGCCAUGGGGGAGAUGGAGCAGCUGAGGCAGGAGGCGGAGCAGCUCAAGAAGCAGAUCGCAGAUGCCAGGAAAGCCUGUGCUGAUAUCACCCUGUCAGAGCUGGUGUCUGGUCUAGAGGUGGUGGGACGAGUCCAGAUGCGGACACGGCGGACGCUAAGAGGGCAUCUAGCCAAGAUCUAUGCCAUGCACUGGGCCACGGACUCUAAGCUGCUGGUAAGUGCCUCACAAGACGGGAAGCUGAUUGUGUGGGACACCUACACCACCAACAAGGUACCAGCCCUGCCCCCACCGACCCUCCAUGGCCACACCCUCCUGGGUGGCACUCUGCCCACUGCUCUGCCCCUGCCUGGCUGGAGCUCAGCCCUGGUCCCUCCUCUGCCGCAGGUGCAUGCCAUCCCGCUGCGUUCCUCCUGGGUCAUGACCUGUGCCUAUGCCCCAUCCGGGAACUUCGUGGCAUGCGGGGGGCUGGACAACAUGUGUUCCAUCUACAGCCUCAAAUCCCGUGAGGGCAAUGUCAAAGUCAGCCGGGAGCUUUCUGCUCACACAGGUUAUCUCUCCUGCUGCCGCUUCCUGGAUGACAACAACAUUGUGACCAGCUCCGGGGACACCACAUGUGCCUUGUGGGACAUCGAGACAGGACAGCAGAAGACUGUGUUUGUGGGACACACUGGUGACUGCAUGAGCCUGGCUGUGUCUCCUGACUACAAACUCUUCAUUUCGGGAGCCUGUGACGCCAGCGCCAAGCUGUGGGAUGUGCGGGAGGGGACCUGCCGUCAGACCUUCACCGGCCACGAAUCAGACAUCAAUGCCAUCUGUUUCUUCCCCAAUGGAGAGGCCAUCUGCACUGGCUCAGACGACGCCUCCUGCCGCCUGUUUGACCUUCGGGCAGACCAGGAGCUGACUGCAUAUGCCCACGAGAGCAUCAUCUGUGGGAUCACGUCUGUGGCCUUCUCGCUCAGCGGCCGCCUGCUCUUUGCAGGGUACGAUGACUUCAACUGCAACGUCUGGGACUCCAUGAAGUGCGAGCGUGUGGGGAUCCUUUCUGGUCAUGACAACAGGGUCAGCUGCCUGGGGGUCACAGCUGAUGGGAUGGCCGUGGCCACUGGUUCCUGGGACAGCUUCCUCAAAAUCUGGAACUGAGGAGGCUGGCAGAAGGAGGCGAAGGCAUGGAGAAUUCAGCUGCCCCCCCACACCCAGUCUUUCCUAGUUCUCUCUCCUGUCCCAGGGGCCGUUCCCACUAAGCUUCCUCCGUGGAGGGAAGUGGGGAGUAUGGGAGUCUGCUUGUGGGAGGCAGCCACAGGGACACAGGGGCAAAGAGCUGCCCCAUCUCCUCCCACAGCCUCCUUACUGCCUCUCCCUGCACGAGAGAGGACAGCCCACCCCUAGCUGCCCUUCGCAGCCCCGCCCAAUCUUCUAGGCCCAGGCCCCAGUCCCUGGAAAUAUGGGCCACGUGCCCGUGACCGCAGCUCUGGCACCUCUAGGCUCCUGCCCCCUUCCCCUUAUGCCUUCUCCUUUUCCACCUUUUGUUUCUCUCCCAAAGCAUCUGCAAUAAAGUAUAUAGCACCUUGGUACCUCUGUGCUGAUUGGUUUCCGAAGGCCUGGGUUCCAUUUAAGGGCAAGAAGGUGUAACAGGUGCUGUGAUACAAGCAGUAAGAAGGGUGAAGGCAGAAGGGUCAGGAGGAAGUCCAAGCUGGGUCAGGAAAUGUGAAUUUAGCCAGUGGCUGGGGUGUGUGUACAGACAG